GAGAACUACACACUCCUCCGCAGAACAUUUUUCCAGAGCCUUCUUCUCUCUGAGAAAGCCUCAACUAAAACCCUUCCGCCAGCAACUAUAUAAUCCGUAGUUCAUACUUCUCAUAUCUUGGAUCUUCGAUCUCACAAAGAUGUCGAACAUGAUGCAACCGCAGAUCAUAUUAUUGAAAGAAGGAACAGAUACAUCACAAGGGAAAGCGCAACUAAUUAGUAACAUCAAUGCGUGUACUGCUGUUGCAGAUGUGGUUAGAACAACUUUAGGUCCAAGAGGAAUGGAUAAACUUAUUCAUGAUGAUAAGGGUAACACUACCAUAUCUAAUGAUGGUGCUACUAUUAUGAAACUACUUGAUAUAGUACAUCCAGCUGCUAAAAUCCUUGUUGAUAUCGCUAAAUCUCAAGAUUCUGAGGUUGGUGAUGGAACCACAACCGUUGUGCUUCUUUGUGGGGAGUUCUUAAAAGAGGCCAAACCUUUCAUUGAGGAUGGAGUUCAUCCAAGAAAUCUCAUAAGGAGUUUCCGAACUGCAGCCGACUUGGCGAUUGAGAAAAUCAAAGACCUUGCUGUGAGCAUUGAAGGUAAAAGUAUGGAAGAAAAGAAGUUGUUAUUGGCUAAAUGUGCUUCCACAACACUUUCCUCAAAGCUCAUUGGUGGAGAAAAGGAGUUCUUUUCAACUAUGGUUGUAGAUGCUGUCACUGCCAUCGGCAAUGAUGAUAGACUCAAUCUAAUUGGUAUCAAGAAGGUUCCAGGAGGUACAAUGCGUGAUUCUUUUCUUGUAAACGGUGUUGCAUUUAAGAAGACAUUCUCGUAUGCUGGUUUUGAGCAGCAACCAAAGCAGUUUUCGAAUCCAAAGAUACUCAUACUCAACAUUGAACUUGAAUUGAAGUCAGAGAAAGAGAACGCCGAGAUCAGACUUUCUGAUCCUUUACAGUAUCAAUCAAUUGUUGAUGCUGAGUGGAACAUCAUAUACGACAAGUUGGAUAAGUGUGCCCAAAGUGGUGCCAAAAUUGUUCUAUCACGGUUGGCUAUUGGUGAUCUAGCAACUCAGUACUUUGCAGAUAGAGAUAUUUUCUGCGCUGGUCGUGUUACAGAAGAGGAUUUGCAACGGGUUUCUGCAGCCACUGGGGCAAUGGUUCAGACAUCAGUCAACAACGUCAUUGAUGAGAUUCUUGGAACCUGUGAGGUUUUUGAGGAAAAACAAGUCGGAAAUGAACGCUUUAACAUAUUCAGUGGAUGCCCAUCAGGUCUGACAGCAACUAUUGUUCUUCGCGGAGGAGCUGAUCAGUUUAUCGAGGAAGCUGAACGAAGUUUGCAUGAUGCCAUUAUGAUAGUCAGAAGAGCCAUGAAGAACUCUACUGUUGUUGCUGGUGGCGGUGCAAUCGAUAUGGAGAUAAGCCGGUACUUGAGGCAGCAUGCACGAACAAUAGCUGGGAAGUCUCAGCUGUUUAUAAAUUCUUAUGCCAAAGCACUUGAGGUAAUACCAAGGCAGCUCUGUGAUAAUGCUGGAUUUGAUGCCACUGACGUGUUGAACAAACUCAGACAAAAGCAUGCACUUCCAUCUGGUGAAGGUUCCCUUUAUGGAGUGGACAUCAACACCGGUGGCAUUGUAGAUUCAUAUGCUAACUUUGUAUGGGAGCCUGCAGUUGUGAAGAUAAAUGCUAUCAAUGCUGCAACUGAGGCAGCUUGCCUUGUUCUAAGUGUUGACGAGACAGUCAAAAAUCCCAAGUCUGAGAGUGCACAAGGAGAUGCUGCUGCAAGUGCUAUGGGUCGAGGUCGUGGACGAGGACGAGGAAUGAGACGGUGAUUAAAUGAAGGAAAACAUUUUAUUUCCUUCCUAGGAUGGUGUGUGUGGGGGUUAGCAGUCAGGAUUUUUGGAAUAGUUGGAAAGACAAAUCCAGUUUAUGGAGCUUGUCUUAUGUUAGUGUAUUAUCUUUAGAAUGGGUUUGUUUGUUUAGUUGAAGUUGUACUCCUGUUUUAUCCUAUCUUAAAGUGCAUGAUUGAAGUAGCAUUUUUUGUCUAUGGAAGUUUUUCCCAAUUUUUGAUUCACGAACUCAGUAGCCUUUCCAAUGGAACUGAGAAUGGAAACCCCAGUUUUUGAUGA